CAGUGCCUGUAUGCCUGGCCAGACUAAUGAUUGGACUUGCAGGUGUAUCCCUGGAUAUGUCGAGAAGGGACAAACUUGUACUAAAUUGCCGGGAGGAAUCUUCAAUGAUAAUGAGAUGUACUCUGUGAUACCUUCUAAUGCUUCUAAAGGUCAUACAGUAUUGAGGACCAAUUUUUCAAAAAUACUGGACAUUUGUACUACAAACCCAGAAAUAACCAUGUUUGGAGACGCUGAUCUAUUCGAGGCUGUGGUUAGUUCAUGUAGGACCUUGACAAUUCGAACUACAUCAGUUCUUCCUGGCGACACCAGUGUUAGAAAGCUGAUGGUGAAGGCAAAGUUUGAAACUGGCAUUAAUGUCAUCAUGGACGCCAUCUUUCUAACGGUAACUAUUCAGAGGACAGAAGGGAACACUGUUGUUUUACCGGAUAUGACGUUCUCUGAUCAUCUUGUUACGUCAGUAGCGCCCGGCGGGAAACUUUCUCUCUCCAACUCCAACUUCCUGAGGAUAACAUCUGAUGGAUCAGUCUUCACCGCAAAACAGCUGAGCGUAGAUGGUUUAACAUCUAAUGAUACAGAAGUAGCAACAUUUUUCACCACUGACAUCCAACGUCACGAUGGCACGUCUACCACAAGUACAAUCCUAACCACUGUCUUGCUGAAGACAAAUGUGAUGAAGAAACUGUCCGAGGUUGUACCAAACAACGCCGUGGUGGCAUCCUUCAACCGUUUACACCAAUCUACAUUGACGUUCAGUGCAACCUCUAAUAUCAAUAGCAACAUUUUCGCAUUCGAUGGCUCCGUGUUAAAAGUGCAGAAUGCAGUACUGCUUGACUAUGACAAUGGACAAAGAAGUUUCACGUUUGUUAUAAAUGUUCGAAUCACUGUAGACAGUGACGUGAUGACCGUUCCCGUCACCGUGGAGAUAGAGGUCCAGCCAGCUAAUGAUAACAGUCCAUAUUUCGUCAAAGAUAGGGAGCAGCGUACAGACAAGUAUGAAUUCACGAUAUUCCCCACGCCAUUGUCAAGUGUCGUGUGUGGAUCGGUCAGAGCCAAGGACGUUGACGCCGGAACACAGCUAACCUACCUCCUGGAUCAACCGUCUGCAUAUUUCACAAUAGGACAACAUGAUGGCAUAGUUAAAACACAACAAAGCACGAGCAGCAUUCCGUUUGUCAACGGUACGGAGAAAAGUGGUGAACUUUAUGUGACCUUCGGGGUGCUGGUACGAGAUGAGAUCAGUAUUCAUACAGACACGGCGAAUGUUACAGUGUAUCUGCGGAAGACCCCGGAACGUAACCUCGGACUCCAGUUUAACGCUGACAUCUCGGAGGAUGCGUCUUUAAAUGCUGUCGUAAGGUCCGUUUUCAGGACGGGGUACACGAAUUACGAAUUUGCAAGCCGUACUGUUUCAACGGAGUUUUUUACAAUCAAUUUUGACACAGGGAGAGUGUCUGUGAGUCGGACGCUCGAUCGAGAAAUACAAGACACCUUCAAGUUUUCUGUGACCGCUAUUGAAGAGAAAAGCGCUUCGUGUGCUCUUGUUGUGUUGGGAGACCUAAAUAUAACAGUAACGGAUGUUAACGACAAUCCCCCCGUGUUUGGAAGGCCUAGCUACAAUGGAGAAGUGGAGGAAAAUGCAACGAGUAAUAGCUUAGUAAAGCUCGACUUUCCAAUAAAGGCCACCGAUAAGGACAUAGGUAAUUUUACCUACAGAAUCACCCAAAGGAGCACCUUCUUCAGCAUCUCACAAUCCGGUGUGAUUUCAACUCGGCAAAUUCUUGAUAGAGAGACUACCAGCUCUUACGCUGUAGUGGUGACAGCUGACGAUGGCUUGUUUACCAGCACGACCACCGUGACCGUGACCGUCACUGACCUAAAUGAUAAUGACCCUGCCUUCCCCUCCCCCACAUACAGGGUGGAUAUCUCUGAAGGAAAAACUGCUCCAAAGCUGAUUACGACUUCUGCUACUGAUGCCGAUACCGGCAGCAAUGGUGAUCUUUCUUACUUCCUGAAUGGGGGUGGCGAUAAUAUUGUUAUAGGCUACAAUACGAGUGUAAUAUCCGUUAUUAAUGCACUGGACAGGGAAGAAAAAUCGUCCUACACCCUCAUCGUUACGGUAAUUGAUGGUGGGGACCCCCCACGAAGCUCCUCAACUACAGUCGUAGUUGACGUCCUUGACGUUAACGACAAUGAUCCGGUGUUCUUGGACACUUCCCUUGUGAUAACGAUAAAAGAAGAGGUCUCGUGCACUAAUGGUAUAGGACAAAUAAGUGCUACUGACAGGGAUUCCAGUGAUAUUCUCCGAUACAACACGUCAGACACAAGAUUUACUGUUGACCCGAACAGUGGUGAAGUCAGAUGCAAGGAAAGAUUGGACUUUGAGGUAACACAAAGGUACAGCCUGGCGGUUACCGUGAGAGACACGGGACUUAGUCCUCGACAGACUGACGCCACCGUCAUCAUCAACCUUGAAGAUAUCAAUGACAACAGUCCUAAUAUCACCCAUCCUGAAACAGUCAGUCUACAACAAAAGGAUUUUGCAAUCAGUAGACCGCUUAUGGUCGUGGAUGUUGACGAUAGAGACUCUGGUCGGAAUGGUGAAGUGACGUUUUCGUUGACUUUGACAGAUUUGGUUACCAUUGAUGACAAUGGUAUCAUCAAGACGGUACAGAAAGUUAACGUACCUCUUCCUGGCACGUAUACCACAACGGUUGUGGUGACAGAUAGAGGAGUGCCACCGCGUAGUGUCUCCUCCACCAUCACAAUACAAGUCACAGUGGACACGGAUAUCGACCUCAAAUUUAGGAUACAACAACACAAGUUUACUGUGUUAGAAGAAGAAAGUUCAGGCACAAUGGUAGGCGAUGUGAGUCUAAACUUGGACAAUCCAAAGGGCCUUCAAGCGAGAUAUGACAUUCCAGACUCGUCAGACUUAUUCGCAAUUGAUAGCACAUCUGGAAAUAUAACUACUAGGAAAGCUUUAGAUCGGGAGAUAGAUGACGAGUACGUCGUCUUCGUCCGUGUACGAGCUGAUGGUGCGGAAACAGGAGAUUUAACACUGGUAAACGUGACUUUAACGGACAAAAACGACCACCCUCCAGUAUUUCCGAGAGACAAGUACAGGCUGGUCGCGAGGGAGGAUUUGGCAAUAGGCUAUGUAAUUAUAACAGUAUCUGUGACGGACGAAGAUGUGGGUGUCAAUGAACGAAAUUUUUUUUCCCUUCGCAAUAGCUCGAGUUCAGAGUGUUGGCAGGACUUUCACGUUGAUAACAUGACCGGCCAACUGAAAGUGGUAAAAAGUCUUGAUUAUGAAACAUACACUGCCUGUCAAUAUACCUUGCUUGCGUUCGAUAUAAGUCCUGCCCCUCUAACGUCCAGUAUUGAAGUGUAUGUCACCAUCACUGACGUCAACGAUAAUAGCCCAACCUUCUCGGCGAGUACUUACCUAUUAGAGGUCGCAGAAAACUUCAGAUCAGAGACUAGCGUGUUUGGCACUGUAAGUGAUGCCGACUCGAAUGAAAAUGGUAGAAUACAACUGUCAGACGGAAGUCCAAGCACCUGUCCAUUUAGGAUUAAAACAGGUACAAAGUCACUUAUCAUGACAUUAAGUGGUUUGAUGACAUUAGACUACGAGAACGAGACCUCGUAUAGUUGUGUCAUUGUGGCGACAGACAUGGCAAAGGAAACCCCGAGGUCGAGCAGCGCUUAUGUCACUGUCAGUAUUACUGAUGUCAACGAUAACGCUCCUGUAUUUGACCAAUCGUCAUACGAGGUCAACAUAUCACGUGACCUUAGCACCGGAUCUGAAGUCAUCAAAGUCAUGGCAACCGAUGCAGAUUCCGGAUUUAAUAAACAAAUACGCUACAUCUUAGCAGCUGGUGACGAAGGCUACAUGCAAAUUAGCCCAACCAGUGGACGAGUGACCGUAAGCAAGCCCUUGUAUGACUACAGGCGGGACACAAUGGAAAUAAAUGUGAUUGCUAUCGACCAGCUCCCUGGAGCGGCUGUCCGUCUGUCAUCUUCUGUAACGCUCGUCAUCAAUAUUGAGGAUGCCAAUGUUCGACCGAAUUUUCCAGAAUCAACAGUAUAUAAAGAACUGCGAGAGGAGACUGAAGUCACUGGAGUUUUUUACACUGUCUCUGCAAAUGACUGGGACGGCACCGCUAAUCGGAAAUGUUCCUGUACCUACAGACUCGAAAACCCAUCAAGUGUGUUUGAGAUUCACAACGAGACGGGAGAGAUUCGUAUGAAGGCCGGAACAUCUGUGGACAGAGAGCGUGACGGGCCAUCUGUAAGCAUUGGCAUCAUAGCACGUGACCAAGGAUCUCCUCCAAAGGACUCUGAAACACUGUCUCUGAACAUUACUGUUCUCGAUAUCAACGACCAGUCCCCACGAUUCCGAUAUCAGACUAUCCCCACGUUCAAAAUAUACCAGACUCAUCCCUCUGGGUCAGCGAUUGGUGAUGUGAUUGCGGAGGAUAUGGAUGGUAGUGAGUUCAAUAUGAUUCUGUAUAGUGUCACAGAUCUGUUUUACUCUGAAACUGCAACCUUUAGUGACCGGAACACUUCAAUAUUUGGCCAAUCAACAAUAGUGGUUGAUUCUACCAACGGAACGCUUCGUACUACGCGGGGUCUCGAGCUCCUUGGACAGACGUCUACUUUCUAUAUAAUGCUCAAUGUUGAAGCGGUUGACAAAGGUGACACCUCAAUGAAGGACUCAACUCCAGCCAUCGUAGAAGUCAAAUACGAAGACACGAACAUGCAUUAUCCGCGUUUCUCACAAGAUCUGUACAGGAAGGAAAUCCGUAGGAGUCACUCUCUGGAUGAAGUUAUAGUAACAGUGUCAGCAACUGAUGCUGACGCUGCCCCAAAGAACGCCAUAACAUACAGUAUCAUAGCAGGCAAUUACAGAGAUGUAAUGACAAUAGAUUCUACCAACGGGAAUAUAAAUCUCGCAUAUCUGAUAGAUGAGAAAUUUGAUGUCUCAAACCUGACAUUAACAGUGCGGGCGACUGACAGGGGAGAUAAACCUAAGCACAGUACAAGCAUUGUGAUAAUUACCUUAUCUGGACAGUACCAAGUCUGCUUUACCGCAGACAUGAGGACAGAAAUCGUUGCUGAAAAAGACCUGUUCUUCGCUGUCAUGAUAGGACUUGUAGCGGCAUUGUGUAUAGCCAUUGGUCUGUGCUUCUUCUUAUUCUACAAGUACCGUACCAUGAAUGUCCCAAAAGUGAAAACAAAGGAAUUUGACUAUGAUCAGUUAAGUCGAGCAAGUCAACGGCAGGACCACGACUACACUGUUAGUCCUAGUUCUAUGGAGACUAGUGAAACGAAUGGUGCAAAUCGCCACUACAUGUCAUUUCGGGAUGGAAAUGCACAGUUUAGUCCUCCAGCAGACAGUACUUAUCACGACAUAUCUGAUGUGCAACCAUCGGUGGUUUCGCAUAUCAACCCAGGAUUUGAUGCAAGCGGUGUGGACGUCCAAUGAGUAGCAACAGACCGAAGUAAAAUAUGAUGAUUAUUUCUGCUGAUGAAAAUAUAGCGAUUAUAUAAACAGCACGGCAUGGUCUGAUGAACAUCUGGUGUAACUGGACGCUCUAUCGAUUAAACAGAUGGUACAACAUGG